AUGAGUCUGAUUUUUUCAUAUAUGGAAGAGAAGGUACCUUUUACAAGCAACAAUGUGUAGUAGAUGUUUUCUUACAAUUGUGAUUUAUAUUUUUUAUUGUAGCACAUACAUAGUUAUAUACACAGAUAAAAGUGUGGCAAGCUACGUUUUAAGUGCAGUCAAAAGUAAAUUAUAGAUAUUUGCAGAGUAUACAUAUCAUGCAACAAUGGUAAAAUAGUUGUUGUCUAGCUCAAAUAUGGGUAAGGCUGUAUGCACUAUUUUAACCCCUUAAGGACACAUGACAUGUGUGACAUGUCAUGAUUCCCUUUUAUUCCAGAAGUUUGGCCCUUAAGGGGGUAAAGUAAACUAGGUAUGCAUGUUUGUAUGUGAAUCACAAGAGAGUAUGGCAAGGAAGUAUGGCAAGGUGUAUACAGCCUGAACUAAAAUUUAGUAAGCAAUAUUCCACUGACUCAAAGCAACAGAGAGAAAUCAGUUACGGAACACAAAUAAAAAAAUAUGCAUAAGAAGAAAUAACUGACUAGCAGAAUUAUCUAUGACAUGAAGGCAAUUAGAGUAUUAGGCAGGUGCACACCACUGUUUUCAAUUGGACUCAGGUGUCAGUGGGUAGUCACAUCUCCAGCUCAGGAGGGAGCAGAGGAUGCGCAUGAAUUAUUCAGUGCAGGUCUCAGGAAAGUAUCUGGUAUAGGCAAGUCCAGUGCAUAAAAGAUACAUUCUGCCUCAGAAACAUAAGUGAGUUGCAUACACUUCUCUGCACGUAUCCCUGAUACUUUUCAGCCUGGUCCCCAAUGAUAUCUGACUCUCAAUUCUCUCAGACAGACGGUCUUUAGGUGAUUUAGGGACAUGAUGGUAGUAGUCCAGUUGCAUGGCUUUGGCCUUGGCUGGAAAAAAACAUUGACCUCAACAUUCUGUGAAGGUAAUGAGUUACCUAAUUAUCAACUACGUCUUCAGGGACACCAUUGACCCACAGGUUAUGUUGCAGCUUGGAGUCCUCCAAGACAGCUAGCUUGCCCUUCAUAAUCUAUAGAAAUGUAGUGUAAAAUACACCACCUAGUGGAGCGCUAAUACAAAUACAAGUGAUAGAGGGAUUCACUUAGCCCAACAAUUUUGUGUUGUCUUAAAUUCAGGAAUAUGCUUUUAAAAAAGAGAUAAAAAAAAACAUAUAGUGUAGAUGGUUUUGGUGAAAAUGAGUGAUGAAAGUAAAAAACUGAAACCACUCACAUGGCCUGGAGCCUAUAUAAUAUUGGCUUCGUACAUAAGCCUAUAAGCUCUUUGGGCAGCAACACACCCCUUCCUCUGAGAUAUACCUCCACAACGACAAGUAAACAAAAGGAGAAAGAGACCCAAUGGGUGGUAUAUGUGCAAACAGGCAGAUAAUAUAUAGUGGAAAAUGUAAUGCUCACCUAGUUGAGAGCCUUAAAAUCCUGGCUCUGAGGGUGGUCAGCGAUGUGCCAGUAUGAAGGGAUGGCACUUCCCUGUAAAGUUUCCCAGAGGCUCCAAGGACUUCAAUAGAUAAAGAAAAUGUAUUGAUUCCAAAUAAAAAGUAAAUAUAAAACCAGAAAUUUGGAGUAUAAAAAUUGUAAAUAAAAGUAAAAAAAAAAGUCAAAAUCAGCCAAAACGCGUUUCACUCAUCUGUGAGCUUCCUCAGUUAGAUGUGAUAUAGCCUCAGGGAAUUCUUGCUAUUUAAAUGUUCCAAUACUUCCUCCCAUUUGCUAAUUUGAUUUUAACACUCCUGUUUAAUUGUAACUAACCAUAUCAUUGGUGGUUUAGAGAUAUUUGAAAAAAAAACGGUAGGUGGUUGGCGGAAAUGGUGCUGUUUGCCACUUCCACCCUCCACAACCUGAAGUAUAAUUUUUUUUUUUUGCCCUUGUUGUGCAGCAGUAGCUUCCUUUCCAUGUUGAGGGGGAGGUCCUUGCGCCGAUCAGGGGGUGGCCGUAAUGACAUCACGAGCUAGCAUGCAUCAGCCUCAACCACCUGUGGACAUGUCAUCUCAUUUUGGCCCAAAAUGUUGUUAAAGUCACCUCCUCUCCAGUUUCCUACCACUUUUUGUAUGCCCAUACAUUGGAGUCUUUUGGGAUUACUAUUGUGUGAGGUUUUAAAGUGGUGUGACACGUUAUGUCCUUCAUAUCCUUUUUUAAUGUUCCUUACAUCUUCUUCCACCCUUGUAUGCUUCCCAAAGAGCACAUAGGCUUACGUAUGGAGUCACUAUUAUAUAGGCUCCAGACCAUGUGUGUGGUUUCAGUUUUUUACUUUCAUCACUCAUUUUCACCAAAACCAUCUACACUAUAUGUUUUUUUUUAUCUCUUUUUUCCCUUCAUUGUAUGUUUAAAAGCAUAUUCCUGAAUGUAAGACAACACAAAAUUGUUGGGGUAAGUGAACCCCUCUAUCACAUAUAUUUGUAUUAGCGCUCCACUAGGUGGUGUAUUUUACAGUACAUUUCUAUAUAUUGUUAAUUUAUUGUGGAAAUAAGGGUAUUCCACUUUAUGUGUUUGAGCUGCUUUGUAUUUUAGACACUGAAUAGUUUCACCCAUAACCUCUGUAAAGAGGGUUUUUUUGUUUAAGUUUGCCCUCCAUAAUGUGGUUGGCCUGCUUCAGCUUGUCUACCUCAGCUUUCAAAUAAUCAUCCUGUUUGCCUCUGGUACUAUCACCAUCAUCCAGCACCCACAACCGGGCUGUCAUAACCCCAAUAUCACUUCAAACCAGCCCAAUGUCAGCCUUGAGAAAGGUCUUUACCUUGGCCAACAAGUUUCGAAUGUCAGUUUUACUAGCAGGUAUAAGGUCUAGGUGAGUUUCAGGGUUUGUCCUCCUGGACUCCUAUUCACAAUCUGCAAGUGGUUGGUUCUUGCUAGAUUCUAAUCGCUCAGUACAGAGGAGUCUUGUUCACGCUCGUCCGAGGCGAGGUCAGAAUGUUCCUGCACGGGGGAUAUCUUGGUGAGCAGUGCCCAAUAUAUUUGGAGGGAGAAGCUGUAUCGCUCUUGCAGAUCUUUCCCAUAGUGUCAGGACAGCUUUUGGGUAAAUAGAAGAUUAAUUUAAUGCAGUCAGGCUAAUCAUUUUACGAUAAACAGUCACCCACAAAGGGUAAUUGUUUUUCUGGACACAGUGGGUAACUGUUUUUCUGGUUUUACUUUAUUGAUUACAGGGUGUUGGGGGAUAUACCUUGUGUUACACCUCUUGUUAUUUUGCACACUAGAAGCUCCUACACACCGUUCUCCCUUUUUUCCUAAUCAUUUUGAGAUCUCAUUUGGGAGCUCUCAGCAUGUGUGUCUGCUUUGUUCCGUAGCUAGCUCCUCAAUUUAAUGGAGUUUUUGCAUUUAAGUUUUCAUCUAGCAUUUUAAUUUGUUGGUUUUGUAUUAUAUUUAACAAUUGUGAUACAUUUUCCAUUUUAUUUGCACAGUACAGGAGUAGUGGCAUAAUGAUCUAGUAAAGACAGAAUGGAUUUGCUUGAAUAAGUAUUCUCCUGCCAUAAUUUCACUCAGUGCAGUGGGUGCUGGGGAAUACAAUUGCCAGCCAUUUAAAGUGUCACAUUCACUCAGAGUUAACCACUAGUAUUGCUAGUAUUGCUAUAGAUCAUCAGGUGUCAUCCUGUUUUAUCCUGACCACACCUCACAAAUUGUUUACUUGCAUCUAGAAAAUCAUACCUUUACUCUCUCAUAUUUAUAUAUAUAUAUAUAUAUUUAAACAGACUUUAAAAUUCUGAAGAUUGGCUAAUUAUAAAGGAACAAUAAUUCUGAUCAUUAGACUUUACAGGUAACACAAGGACUGUUAAAUCGAGAUGCAGUAAAAUAGUUUGGUAACCAGACCUCACUUAAUGUAAGGUUUACAAAACCAGAAAUUUGAGGUAGAAUUUGUUCUAUUAAUAUUACAAUACAUCAAGCAUGUCAAAUUCAAAGUCUGGCAUGGGCCACAUAAACAAGGUUUAAGUUUAUGUUGGCCGCAAAAAAAAAAUACCUUAAAUUUUCAUAGAAACGUAGGUUUAUGUACAUUCCCCUCUACUAAAUCACAGCACACCCUUCUACGAAAUCCUAGUCCCCUCUCUCUACUAAACCACAGCAUCCCCCUCUGCCACCAUGUGCCAAAUCUGAUCCUCCUGCUACUUCUUGAAACCCUGUGAAGGUCGAUGUCACAUGGCGUUACAUGCCUCCAUGCACCUCCAGGUACUCCACUCCAGUAGCAGCCAAUGCAACACUGACCAACACACACACACAAACACACACUCACAGACAGACUCACUCACAGACAGAAACACACACACUCACAGACAGACACACACAUACUCACUGACAGACAGACACACGCAUACAUCCUUACUGACAGACACACACAGACAGACACACACAUACUCACUGACACACACACAUACUCACUGACAGACACACAUACUCACUGACAGACACCCACACAUACUCACUGACAGACACACAGACACAAACUCACUGACAGACACACACACACAGACAUACACACAUACUCACUGACAGACACACACACUGACACAGACACACACACACACACACUCACUGACAGACACACACAGACACACACUCACUGACAGACACACACACACACACUGGCAGGCACACACACACAUUUACACAUUCUUGCACUCACAUCAUUUAAUUUAUAGUUCCCUACCUUUGGGAGCUGGUGUGGGGAUCUUCUGUCUGGUGAUCUCCUUCCUCCUCCUCACUGCUCCUUCGCGUUUAUUAGUGAUGCCGGAAUAUGGUGUCAUAUUCCGGUGCCCAGCUUCACUACAGAGGGCGCGCGCGAGGGAGCAGUGAGGAGCAGGAACACUUAGCUCCCUCGCUGCAUCCACCGUCCCUUCCUCCCCAGCCGCGUAAGUUUUAGCAGAGUAGGCACCUGCAAUAUGGGGAAAGCAGAUGCCUACUUUGCUAUAACACUAGUAUGUACUCACGGCUCGCAGGGCCUCAAAGAUGGUCCUUGUUGGCUGCAUACGGGCCGCGGGCCGCAUGGUUUGACAUGCUUGCAAUACAUCCAAUGACUUUGUCAACAAAUAGUAAUUAUAACUAAUGGAUGUUUCAGUUGUAGAAAGGAACUAGGCACAGAUAUCCAUUAAUGCCCUCAUUACAUUUAUAUUGUAUACAUUUAUACAAGCCUGUGACAUAAAAUCAGAAUUUGUUGUAAAAAGUGCUUCCAAUAAUACCUCAAUGUCAACUCAUUUUAUUGUCCCAUCAAAAAGCAUGAGGUAAAAAAAAAAAAAAAAAGAACGAAAAACAAUUCCAGGAACAAGAUUUUUACACUGUUACAGAAGCAGAAGUGAUUAACUUUAUAACAGUGUAGGCACUUUAAAUGAGAAUGAAGGCCUUGCAAGUUACAUCGUUAUUAAUUCUGAAGGGCCCAAAAGUAACAAUGCAGGUGAAAUUGCUGGGAAGAUAAUGGCAGUGGUUUGGAUAGACUGUGAACACUGAGAUGGAGAAGUGGAAAGACAAUAGUACCAACGCAACGACCACAGUGUCACCAUCCCCAGACUUCAGUUACUACAUGUGAGGAAGCUGGGGAGUAAUGACACUUAAGUGUAGAAAUAUCACAUACGUGAACACUGGGAUUUAUAGUAUUUAUGGCACGUUCUCUGCUUUUAUAAUAUAAUGCCCUCUAAAAGAUCAAUUUGCACAGAAUGAAGAUCAUAACUGGUUAGGUUAGGAAGAUGCUAAAUGUUGGGUCUUUUGGAAUGGUACAUCUAGUUCUGUUCUUGGUUCAAACACCAGGUAGUCUUGGAACAGGGCAACACUCCCAUUUUCUAGCAAUUUUGUAGUACUAAAAGUGCUGGUUUAUAUCUACCAUGACAUCUGAUCUCAUGUUUGACUCCUGCAGUAUAGUAUUUGGUGUAUCUUAUUUUACUUUUUACAUAUCUGAGUUAUUUCUACUUGACAUCUUAUGCUGUAGAUUAAAAGCCAUAAAAACUGCUGAUUUUUGAAGUGGCUGUAGUGUUAUAUCCAACCUUUUGAUAGCAAUAUUAGGCUGAGAGAACUGGAGGCACUUACAGCCUUUCAUUGUUAACAAAUGUUUGCAAUAUUGGCACUGAUAAUGGAAACAUGAUCCGAAUUCUCACUGCAGUUGCAAAAGGGACAGAAUAUAGGUUCCACUUAUCACACUGCCCCCAAAUCGUUUGGCAGGAAACUAGUUUGCAACACUCAUGGCACCAUAAUCUACAAUGAACCGUAAAAUGUUGCUGAACUUAAAUUGCAAUUUACGUUUCACAGUCGUAAAAAAAAAAGUGCAGACAUCUAAAUUAUUUUCAGUAGCGAACGCAAUUAACAUUAAUUGAAGCCUUUUUCUUGUUCUGUAGAAAAGGAAACCUUAUGAUACAGCAGUCGAUGUUGGAUGUGGUACUGGGAGAUAUACAUUGCCUCUAGCAGCUCAUUUCAAAAAUGUUAUUGGUGUAGACAUCAGCGAAUCUCAGCUUGAGGAAGCCAAACAAUUCUGCCCAUUGGAAAAUGUAACUUUCCAGUAAGUAAUUAAAAUCCAUUAAUCAAUAUAACCACCCACACUGUACAACAGAAAGAAGACUUUAUCCCCAGUCACUAGGUUCACUGAAUGACAUUAUAACUGCUGUCUUUAACGCGGCACAAAUGGAGUUACUCCUGGGGGCCCAAAGCAGCUGCCCUGUGACCCCGCAGCCUGUAUUAAAAAAAUGUAAAAAAAAGGAUUUCUCUAAUGGGCCCGCAGUGCUGGUAUUGUGGCUGCACCGGGGCAAGCAAACUAAGGGGGCCCACCGGGUGGUCAUACACUUAGGGCCACCCGGUGAGCAUGUUUCAGCAGGGGUCCGGUCGGCGCUGUGGCCCUUUAACAGCGCGACCGGGCCCCUUCUUUAAUGGCUCCAUGGGAGGAAGUGACGUCCGCAAAUCUCACCACCUCAAAGACAUCGGGCCACGCGGGAGGCUGAGCCAGGAUCCAGUGAGGAGGGGGAGCAAGGAGAUCCAGAUCCCCAACUCCCAACCACCCCAGCCAGCACACUGGACCCCAGGGAAGAAAGCCUCUUGCAAAGGUAAGAAACUGAAGGGUGUCUGUCUGUGUGUGUGCCAGUAUGUCUGUGUGUGUGUCAGUAUGUAGCUCUGUGUGUGUGUGUGUGUGUGUGUGUGUGUGUCAGUAUGUAUGUCUGUGUGUCAGUAUGUCUGUGUGUGUGUCAAUAUGUGUGUGUGUGUGUCAGUAUGUCUGUGUGUGUGCCAGUAUGUCUGUGUGUGUGUCAGUAUGUCAGUGUGUGUCAGUUUGUAUGUCUGUGUGUGUGUCAGUGUGUAUGUCUGUGUGUGUGUGUCAGUAUGUCUGUGUGUGUGUGUGUCAGUAUGUAUAUCUGUGUGUGUGUCAUUUUGUGUGUGUGUCAGUAUGUAUGUCUGUUUGUGUCAGUAUGUAUGUGUGUGUAUGUAUGUAUGUCUGUGUGUCAGUCAGUAUGUCUGUGUAUGUGUCAGUAUGUCUGUCACAGUGUCAGUAUGUCUGUCACAGUGUGUCUGUGUGUGUCAGUAUAUCUGUUUGUGUGUGUCAGUUUGUGUGUGUAUCUGUGUGUGUGCCAGUGUGUAUACCUGUGCAUGUAUCUGUAUGUAGCCAAUGUGUGGAUGUCUGUGUAUCUGCAUGAGUGUCAGUGUUUGUAUCUGCAUUUGUCAGGUUAUGUAUCUGUGUGUCUGUAUGUUGUCAGUGUAUCUGCAUGUGUGUCAGUGUGUGCAUCUGUAUGUUUGCAUAUGUGUCAGGUUGUGUGUCUGUAUGUGUGUGUCUAUCAGUGUGUGUAAAUGUGUCUGUAUAGCUGCAUCUGUAUGAUUGUGUAUAUCUGUGUAUCUGCAAGUGUUUCUGUGUGUAUGUGUAUUACAGUGUGUGUGUGUGUUUGUGUGUGUUUGUGGCAGGGCAUGUGUAUAUGUCCAUACAUCUCAGCAUUCAAACGCCAACACUACACACAAAUACACACCUGCAUUCAAACUUCAACACUACAUAUAAACACACCUCUUUUUUUAAACAACAAAAUUAUAUAAACACACCAGUGCAUUCAUAAACCAACACUACACAUAAAUGCAUGCUUGCACUCAAAUGCCAUCUCCACAUACAAACACACCCCGACAUUCACACAAACAUACUCCAUACAAAAACACUCAAAAACACUCAAACACACAAAAUUUCCCUAUACAACCCUGCAUGUCAAAGCAUUGUUGGAGUUGCAUGACAGAUGGGGAUCUACCUUUUGCCCCCUCUUGCCCAAAAUAAUUCAUGCACCAAAGCCCUCUCUACUUUAGGUCCUCCUUUGCGUUGGGGUGGGGGGCUUGAUUGCAUGUCAGGGAGGGGAUGACAUAGUCCAGGGGGCUCAAGCAAAUGUUUGCCCAUGGUCCAAUCAAUAUUAAAGACGGCCCUGAACAUUAUGGAUCUAUUUUGUUGUAGGGUGGCUGCUGCUGAGAACUUACCCCUAGAAGAUGCAUCUGUGGACCUUGUGAAUGCAGGACUUGCUGCUCAUUGGUUCAACGUGGAGAAAUUUGUGCAUGAAGCAAUUCGGGUUUUAAAGCCCAAUGGCUGUCUGGCAGUGCAUGCUUGUGUUCCAACUUUUAAAAUACAGGAUGGUCAUAAUGAUCCUGCACUAAACGCCAUUAUAAAAGAGGUGGGGCCUAUUGUAGUGAAAUUAAUAGAAUAUAGUUUUAAAAUUUUAAUGUGCUUGAUGUGUGUGAGAUAGUAGGUUGUUUUUUUGUCCCACAAACAGACAUUUAAGAUCAUCCUCAGCUGACUAAACUAUUCCCUUUGCAGUAUAUGGACAAAGUAUCAAAAUAUAACUACAAAAACAACAAUCUUAUGCAUCACCAGUAUGAAGAGGUUUUCAAUGCUAUACCAUUAAAAGACAAGAGGUGGUAAGUACAUGUCAUGUCAAGUUGCUGUAAAGAUUUUAUUUUGCCUAUAUAACCCCCCCCCAACCCCCACCCCACCCCACCCCACCCCAAUUAUGCACUAUAGGUUUAACUGCUUCAUCAAUCCUAUUAACUGAUUUUGCCAUCAAUUGCCUGUAUCCCAAAGAUGGCAGCUCUGCUUGUGCUUUUCAUUGAUGUCCUAGAACUGAUGCACUUUAAUAAUCUUAUACUUUUCACAAUUUUUUAUGAAAGGUAUUUUCAUUGCACAUUAACUUGCAAUAUUUGACAAUCCAUUUAAAGAUUUAAACUACAGAAAUCUAUUUGAAUGUUCCAUGCCAGGAUUAGAAUCAUGUACCCAAACCCAGACAUUGCUUUGUAUGGUCAUGACAGUCCUUAUCAAUACAUGUAUUUUCUUGCAGGGUUACAGACAUACCUGUUGUAUUUGAAAUGUCUGUUGGAGAAAUAAUAGGACUUUUUCAGUCUAUAUACAUGUAUCAAGAAUUCCUUAAACAUGAUAAAAAUGAAGCCAUCAGGUUCCUGACGCAACUGGAACAGAGGUAAUGUAUAGACAAUAGACUUGUGCAUAGUGGAAAAAGUUGGUUUAGCCAAGCCAAAACACUUUUUUUCUUUUAAAAAUCCAAUUUAGUUUAGGACCUCAAACUUGUUCAGUUGACUGUUCAAUUCGUUCAAAUAUCAUCUAUUGAAAUAUUUGGGUAACAACUGGGAUGAACCCAAAAGGGUGAGCGAAAAUAAGGCAAUCAGUGCAGUGCAAAGUAUAUAGAUAAUAUAAAUAUUACGUAUAUAUUUUGCAGCUUAUUGAUAAAUGCAUUUUCCUGCACGUUGGUUCACAGUUCAAGUAGGAAAAAGUUACCAAUAGAGGGAAGAAAAUUAAGAGCAGUGAAAAAAAAUUAUGCCAGAACAUAAAAGACACUGACAGUGAAUAACACUGAUUAUAGCAUUACAAUGGCACCUUUCAAUGGGUGGGAUAUAUUAGGAGGCAAGAAAUAGUCAGUUCUUGAAUUUCAUGUGUUGGAGAUAGAACAAAUUUGCAAGCAAAAAGAUCUGCGUCACUUUUACAAGCCCAUUAGUGAUGGCUAGACUGCUGGGUCAGAGCUUUCCCAAAGUGGCAAGACUUGUGGAGUUUCCCUGGUAUGCAUUGGUUAGUACCUACCAAAAGUGGUGCAAAGAGGGAUCGUCUUACUUUCAUAUGGGUUCCUAGACUGAGGCACUGGGGGAUGCAGGAGACGUUUAUUUUACAACAGACUCACUUACGAUGAUCAUUGGAUACCUUAAGCCUUACCUUCCCCAGGUGGGGGGUUUUAGUGACAAAUUAUAAUGGAGAGAGUGGAUUUUCAGUCACAUAACAGACCUGUACAUUACUUGCCUUCCUUGGAGGUGAACUCAAACCACUUACUAACACACAGUCGAGUACACAAACUGCCUGGGAGGGUGAUGCAGAGAGUGAGCUGAAGGUUGGUCUAGCUUACUUGAGAUUGCAUAAGUAAGCCCCUGCUGUAGGUUGGUCUAGCUUACUUGAGAUUGCAUAAGCAGCAGUACUGGUUAGAGUAUCUUGAAAUAUCCUAAUGGAUAUGGUUGCUUGGAACAUGUCAUAAUAUUAUUCUACUUAAGAGCACUUUAUACAGUAUUUUUUUUAUACCUAUUUGCAGACCUAUAUGUCCUUGUUUCAUUUCAUAACUCAUGUUGACUGUUUUAAAAAGAAACAAAAGAAAAUGGGUAUUACUGUGGAUACAGGUUUAUUUUGAGAAUGUGAUUAUUUCCUAUCCGGCAACCAAUAAAAACUUUAUUCCCCCAAAAAAGUGGUGCAAGGAAGGACUGCCAGUGAACUGGGUUCAGGGCUCUCAAUGCUCAUUGAUUCACAUGAUGAGGGGUGGCUAGUCCAUCUGGUCCAAUCACACAGCAGAGUUAUUGUAGCUCAACUUACUAUAAAAGUUAAUGCUGGCCAUGAUAAAAAGGUGUCAAAAAAGCACAGCGCAUCACAUAUGGGGCUGUGUAACCCCAGACUGGUCAGAGUGAAAGCACCUUCAGUGGGGACAUGAGCAUCAUAACUAAACCAUGGAGCAAUGGAAGAAGGUUGCCUGAUGUGAUGAAUCACACUUUCUUUUAGAUCAGGUGGAUGGCAGGGUGCAUGUGCAUCAUUUACCUGGGGAAGACAUGGCAACAUGGGAAGAAGGCAGACUGGAGAAGAUAGUGUUAUGCUCUCAGCAAUGUUUGUUGGGAAACCUUGGGUCCUGGCAUGUGGAUUGUUUUCCCUGAUGGUAUUAGCAUCUUUAAGUAGGAUAAUUCACCCUGCCACACUGCAAAGAUUGAUCAGGAAUGGUUUGAGAAACAUGACAGAGAGUUCAAGGUGUUGCUUUGGCCUCAAUAUUCCCCAAACCUCAAUCUAAUUUAGCAUCUGUGUGAUGUGCUUGAACAACAAAUCCAUUUUAUGGAGAUCCCACCUUGCAACUUGCUGUACUUAAAAGAUCUUCUACUAAUAUCUUGGUGCCAGAUACCACAAGGCAUGGUCAGAGGUUUUGUGGAGUCCAUGCCUCGAUGCACCAGAGCUGUUUUCACAGCACAAUAUGAUAUUAGGCAGGUGAUUUUAAUGUUUUGGCUGAUUGAUCUGUGUGUGUGUGUGUGUGUGUGUGUGCAUAUAUAAAUUGAUUGAGACCAAAAGAAAAUGAGCCUCUAAUAUGAAAAAAGAAACAUGCUUAUAGCAAAAAGGGGGAUAACCCCUAAACUGUGAACAACAAGUUUUGAAAAAAUUAAAUAAAACAAAGAAAAAUAUCUACCAACAAUGAUCUCUUACUGGUAGAGUAUUUAAAACUUAACUUUUAAUCUAUAUCAAGAGUGUGAUAAAAUAAAUAUAUAUAAAUGCAAAAUAACCAAAAUGAUAAAGGAUAAUAAAUAAAAACAAAAAUAAAAUGGAAGAAACAGUCCUCUCUAGUGAGGGGAAUUGGAUGGCAGGAACAUAAAACCAAGAUCCUUGAGAUGAUCAAGGUACAUAAAUUUCUAGUUCAUAGCGGUUUGUAGGUUAUGGCGAGAAGGGAAAUAAUGUCCCUAAAGUAUAUCUCCCUUAAAGACUGUAAUGUGCCUUCGAGGGCACCCCUUAAAAAAUCCUACUCUGUUAUAUCUCCUCCCUCUGCAGCUCCUGUAUUUAGGGAUUUAAACUGUAACCAAAGUGUUACAAAGUUAUUCAAUGGCUGUGUGACCACAUAUGAACAAGGAAGCUUCUCUCACAUAUAUCUAUCUCCAGAAUGAUAGUAAACUCCAAGCUUGUGUUAUCGGCUAUCUGUAGUUGAAUUAUUAGUGGGUGUUAACACCAAGAGUUUAGCGAGUGAGCCUCCUGAGCCCUGACGCGCGCUUUUCGCCAGAGUGGCUCAUUCAACCUUUAGUGGCUGUCCCCUAGCCAUCACUCAUACAUUUUCCCAUCAAUCAUGUUUUUUUUAAUUUUAUUUUUAUAUAGGCAGAACUCUGAAUACCAAAUUGAACAAACAUGUUCGACCAUUGAUUAGUUAUAAACUUGUAUGAUGGAGAUAUGCAACUUGGCUGAAUAGCGAAUGCACAAGUUUAAUAAAGAGCAGAUAGAGAGGGCAGUAUGUGAUAGCUGUAAUAUUUUGAUUCACAAAUGUCUAUCACAAUGAUAACUUAAAAAGAGUAGGCAAGUUACUUUAACUUUAAAUUACUGACAAUUUUCAAUUUUUAUAAACAGACAGGAUCAGACUGGGACUAAUCUGGGUUCUUGGCUCCUUGAAGGCCAGUUCACAAUGAAAUGUUAAAAUAUAACAUUUAUGUAACUGUCGCUAGGCAUAUAUUUGUAGUGCUAAGUUAUUUACGUGAAAUCAUGUUUGUUUUCAUUAUGCUGACCCAAAUCUUCCUCUGCAGGUUUGUUGACAUUCUAGGAGAUGAAUCAGAGUCAGCCUUAAUUCAGUUCCAUAUCAAACACUAUUGUGUCCAAGCCUGCAAGUCAUCAUGAGGCUGUAGAAAUAAUGGAUUGGAGAACUAUAAAAAGAAUGAAAUGGCAUAACGUGUCUACACUUUCCUCUUGCAGUUAAAAUUGUGUAAUAUGUUUUAAAGCUCAACAGCAGAACAAGAGACAUUCAGCAGAUUAAUACCAUUAUUUUCUGCCAUGUGAUAAUAUUCCAUCACACAAUGGCAGAGCCAGGAAUGUGGACAUGUAAGUAAGCAGGAUGACGUCCAGCUCUCCAUAUAUGUUUUUUUUUUGUUCCAAUACCACAUUUAGUAGAUUCAUCUACAUCCACCAACCCUGUGCGGAUGUUACUCUUGUGGCUCUAAUGUUUACUGCAAAUAUAAAGCAUUUAAAACUUACAAUAAAAUAAUUACAAUAAGUUUGUAUAACCUUUAAAUAAAGAAAACAUUG